UCCGAACAUCUAACCUACUGAACGUUGACCAGCUCUUUACACUAAGCUCUACCGUGUGGGAGUAAAAACCAAAAGAAAUCAUACAGAGGCCCUGAAACCCUGCCAAAAAAUCAGAUUCUCAUCCGCUUUUAUUACUGAAUUCAGAUCAUAUAAAGCAAGCGAAAAGGAAAAAUAUGACUGAUGCCAUUGUUCAAAUCGUUUUAGAUAGACUGACAUCUAUACUUUUACAGCGUGCAUCUCUUGUGAUUUAUUUCAGGGAGAAUUUGGAAGAGUUAGUUGAUUGGCUCAAGUAUAUCAGGGCACUCUUGAUUGAUGCAAAUCGGAGGAGUAGCCAAGAACAGGCUCUUAAAAUUUGGCUAUGUGACCUGCAAAACGUCGUCUAUGACGCCGAGGAUCUGUUUGAAGAUUGCCAAUCUAUGACAGUCACUCACCAUGGCUGCCUCUGCAUCAGCCCAGCUCGCCUUCUCUUCCGCUACCGAAUGGGGAAAAGGGUAAGCCAGUUAAUGAGUAGAGUAGAUACACUCAAAAACCUCUCUCAAGCUUUCAAUCUUGCAACAAUUGCCUAUUCAGAUCUGCACCCAUCCUCCAUUAAUGAAGUACAAGUUAGCUUGCAAAGGUCAAUUCUGGUGCGCGACACAUCGAAAAUUGUAGGGUUGGAUGACAGCAUUGAUCUAAUUUGCAGUUGGGUAUUGGAAGAAGCCAAUUCUUCACUCAUUACUGUUGUUGGUAUGGGUGGGCUUGGUAAAACCCUGCUUCUUACUCAGGUUUUUCAAAGAGCGCGGGAAAACUUUGAAAUUUGGGCAUGGCUAACUAUAUCUCAGAAUUACUCUGUUAAACAAGUACAGGAGAGAUUGGGUAGAGAGUUGAAGCUUCCUGACAUGACAAGUUUAAGCGUGGAAGAAGCCAGAAAUUGUAUUUUCCAUCAUUUGAAGGGAAGAAGAAGCCUUAUAGUGCUAGAUGAUGUCUGGAAUGGGAGACAUUUGCUGCAUUUCCUUGGAGUGCCGGAAGAGGAUUGCUGUAAAAUUGUAAUCAGCACACGCAACAGGAAGGUAGUGGAGGGCAUGAGAGAGGACUAUAAGAUGUGUGCAAUGCCACAUUUAUCAGACCAAAAUAGUUGGAAAUUGUUUUGUCUCUACGCUUUUCCACAACAUGAUGGCUUUCCCCCUGAGGAAUUGCGAGAUGUGGCUGAAAAAAUUGCAAGGAAAUGUGCAAAUCUGCCAUUGGCAAUCAAAACAGUAGCAGCAUCCAUGGCCACAAAACUGCUUCCCAGUGAAUGGAACGAUGUACUGCUUCGCCUCAGCCAGAUGGAUGACAUUGGGGAGGAAGUGAUGCCAGUUUUACAGAUAAGUUAUGAUGAAUUGCCUUCUGAUGUUAAGCUUUGCUUUCUUUACUGCUCUGCAUUCCCUGAAGACUGUCGCAUAGAUUGCCAAUAUUUGAUCAAGCUUUGGAUUGCAGAGGGGUUUGUUCCCAGUGAUUUGAAAAGAGAGGCUUUAGAUAUAGGGCGUGAUUAUCUCAACCUACUUGUUAGCAGUUGUCUCAUUGAAGCCUUCCAUGUUGAUCAAAGGAGAAGAAUUAAGUACUGUAAGAUGCAUGACCUGCUUAGGGAUUUCGCUCUCAGAAAGUCAGAGGAGGAGAUGAAAUGUGUCUUCAAAGCUGGAAACGAGUUAAAUGAAUUUCCUCUGCAAUAUUCCUGUGGGCAACGCAAAAUUUCUCUGAUGGAAAGUGGCUUGACCGUCAUCCCUGAAAGCAGCCCAGGAUUACAAUCUCUUCGCACCUUACUCAUUGCAGAAGGGUCAAAGAUAGAAGAGCUACCAGAAUCCAUCACCCAACUUCACCAUUUGCAGUAUUUGAAUGUGAGUUACUGCCAUAUGGAAAAGCUACCUUGGGGGAUUGGUCACCUCAAGUAUUUAAGACAUUUGGACUUCUGUACAAUCGGUGAAACAAAACUUCUGCCUAAGGGAGUUUCUUUGCUUAAAUCUCUGCAAUUUCUCAAUCUGGGAGACUAUGACUUGUUGGGAGGCAAUGGGUUGAGGUUUGAGGAUCUAAAGGGUUUAACAAAGCUCCGGGAACUGCAAGCCCACAUGACAGUUGCACAUGAAGGGCAAAGAAUUGCAGAGGGUGCAUUUGGUGGUAUGCACAAGUUGCGGCGGCUCAGCUUAGCAAAUCAGAAUGAAUAUCUCUCAACUGGUCUUCCUGGGGACAUGGCAAAUAUGAGUGAACUAGAAAAGAUAAAAUUAACCCGCUACCUUCCCUCAAAUUUUCUAUGCAGUUUUGCAAACCUUAUAUUCCUUACCCUUGUUGGUUGCCAUUGUGUUGAGUACCCAAGGCUGGAUGAAUUACCCAAUUUAAGAUAUCUGCAACUCUGUGAAAACUGUGAAAACAGACUCUGCAAAGAGUUGCCCAGCGAGUUUGGUAGGAUACAGAGUUUUCCCAAACUAGAGCAACUGUACAUUGUGCGGUUUCCACAACUUGAAAAAUUACCAAAGCUACACAAGGGAGCGAUGCCAAUGGUAAAAGAGUUGCAUUUGAAAGAUUUGCCCAGAGUAAAGCAGAUGGCGGAGGGAUUGGAGCAUCUCAAUGUUUUACAGUGUUUGUUUGUACACAGAUGCAUAAGAUGGCAAAACCGGCUCACAGAAAGUGGUCAAGAUUUUCAAAAGCUGAGAGCAAACCUUCCCCAACUCAAGAUUGAUCUACGUGGUUCUUAAACAUUUUUCUAAGAGUAAUCACAACAAUUUUAGUGUUUCUUAAAUUUAUCUAUUAGCAUUGCAUUUCAACCCUUAUACU